AUGAGCCAGCUACUCACGGCACGACAGGCAGAGGAACUUCACAAGUCGAUGAUAGCAUACCUUUUGUCUGUCAACCUCUCGAAAAGUGCAGCAGCACUCCGUGAAGAACUCGCCGAUAGCGUUCAUUUGGACGAUGCUACCGCAAAGAAAUAUGAGGGGUUGCUGGAGAAAAAAUGGACCAGCGUAGUCAGACUACAGAAGAAGAUUAUGGACCUAGAAUCCCGAAAUGCAGCCCUACAGCAAGAACUCGACUCUGCCACCCCAACGUCGCUUUCUCGAAGAAAUCAAGACCCUGCGUCCUGGCUACCUCGCGCUCCAGCCAGACAUAGCUUGCAGUCCCACCGAGGGCCGGUCACAUGCGUUGCCUUCCAUCCAAUCUUCUCAUCACUUGCAUCCGGCUCCGAAGAUACCACGAUCAAAAUCUGGGAUUGGGAAUUAGGCGAGCUUGAACGAACCAUAAAGGGCCACACCAGGGCUGUGCUGGACGUGGAUUACGGAGGGCCUCGAGGCGGGACGCUUCUAGCAUCGUGCUCAUCGGAUCUGACAAUUAAGCUAUGGGAUCCUUCGGAUGAAUAUAAAAAUAUUCGAACCCUCCCGGGCCAUGAUCACAGCGUUUCCGCAGUCCGAUUCAUACCUUCAGGUGCCGCAGGUUCUCCGAUGUCAGGAAAUCUCCUAGCAUCCGCAUCGCGCGACAAAACCAUUCGCAUAUGGGAUGUAACAACAGGCUAUUGUGUAAAAACAAUACAGGGUCAUCUUGACUGGGUGCGAGACGUUUUCCCGUCUCCAGAUGGUCGAUUUUUAAUGUCAGGAGGGGAUGAUCGAGUUCCACGGCUAUUGGACGCUUCAUCGGGAGAAACAAAAUCGACGUUUAUUGGCCACGAACACGUAGUUGAAUGCGUCACGAUUGCCCCGGCAGCUAGUUAUCCGCAUCUGGCUGCUCUAGCAGGCCUCAAAAAACCUCCACCGGCCUCUUCAUCAGCUGAAUUCGUUGCCACAGGAUCCCGGGACAAAACGAUAAAGGUAUGGGACUCCCGUGGCACAUUAAUUAAAACCCUUGUGGGACACGACAAUUGGAUACGAGCGCUGGUCUUCCAUCCCGGCGGAAAAUACCUUCUCUCAGUCAGCGACGAUAAAACGCUCCGAUGCUGGGAUCUCUCGCAGGAAUGCAAAUGUGUUCGAACCGUGAGCGAUGCUCACGGGCACUUUGUGAGCUGCAUACGAUGGGCACCAAAUAUCAUCAACGAGAGCGGACUCGUAAGUGGUGAAGGGGGCAUUAAUGGACAAGGUACUCCAAGCAUGAAUGGAGUUUCCAUUUCAACAACGAGCAAGAAGGAAGAUACUGGGGGUGGUGGAAAAAUUCGAUGUGUCAUCGCAACUGGGAGCGUGGAUAUGAACGUGAGAGUCUUCGCGUCCUGAGCGGGGUGAUGAUAAUAAACAAAAUUAAACCGAGUUUACCAGCUAUACACUCAAGGGCGUGUUCUUUUUUAUGAUGUUGAUGACAUUAGAUGAAGGUUAGGGGAUUCCUGUCCGUGCCUUUUCUGCCAUUUUUCGUAUAUUCUGCCGCUCUUCUCUAGGCCCGCGUCUCGUGAUUUCUCGUUUCCAUUUUCUACUUUCUGCUUCCUUUCCUUGUCUAUUGCUGGCGCAAAGGUGGAUUCAAGGCUAGCUAGCUGGCUAUAUUGAUACCCCUUCUACAUAUUUACGUACAGACAUAUAAACAUAACACCUACGUCCAAUUUUUG